AUGGCACCUGAGGAUCUGGCUCUCAAGGAAGUGGCCCUAGUUUACUUGGACAGGACUGGAGGGCUGGACAAAUUUAUCAGUGACUGCAGGCGGUAUAAUGAUUCCAAACAGUGUCAUGCUGUCUAUCGCUUCAUUAUUUAUGUGAAUCCAUCUGAUCUAGCAGAGUUGGAUGCAAGACUUGGUAACUGUGUUGUUCAUCAGCCAAUAAGAGCAACAUGUUUGUUUCAGUCUGUGUGCUUUACAUCUAUCAAGACGUUGUCAUUAAUUCCACAACUAGAAACUGAAAGCCAGGUUAAUGUUGUGCUAAAGUUGACACACUUGCCUCCAUUACCAAGUUACUCACUUAGCCUUUGUCAGUUCCCCCGUGGAUACCAGCUGCUGAGGUAUUAUAAGGUAGAGGGAGUGGUUAUUGCAAUGACAACUGUAACAAAGUACACACAAGGUGCAAGAUUCCUUUGUUCUGAAUCAAGCUGCCCCUUUUCAACAGGCUUUCGGUAUAUUCGGGUGCAUACUGUAGGUGCUACAGAAUCAGCAACUGUGCGAAAGGACUUUACAUGCACCUUGUGUAACUCCCCACUCAAGGAAGAUGUGAAAUUCAGAGUGCUAGGUGACAAACAGCUUGUUGAAAUGAUUGAUGCAGCUGCCCUUGAUGUUAUUAAAGGAAAUCCAGUCAACAAGCCAUGUUCUAGGUAUCAGUCUUUCACUGUGUUUUUAAGGGAUGAACUCCCCAAUAGAAUGAAGAUGGGUGAUAGAUACUAUGUAACAGGAAUUCCAACUCAUGUAUACAGUGGCUCACAGCUGGCUUUAUGCAUGGAGGCAAACAACAUACAGCCCUGGUUACCAAAUGAUCAACCUUUCAUCAAUGACAAAUUCAAAUAUCUACUGUCUAUCACGAUGUCUUCACCCUGGAGAUUUACAGCUGUUCUAGCUGAUAUCUUUGCUGCACAGAUUGUCCCUCCAGGCACUUACAACAUCCUUAAAUUCAGCCUGCUGCUGAGUCUGGUUCAGACCUGCAGUAACAAAAAGAAAUCCAUUGAACACUUAGAUCUUCUAAUUGCCACAAGUGAUCCAGUAACAGUGAACAGGCUUUUAAUACAUAGUCUGAGCUUUGUGCCUUCUGGAGUGCGACAUUUGCAUUCAUAUGAAAUUUUUGCAACCGUGUCCAAAGAUGAACAUGGAACUGGCACUGCUAAAGUUCAGGCCGGGUCUGCACUCCUGGCUAAGGGGGGUAUCUGCCAUAUCGGAGAACUUCUUUCUCUCAGAAAAGAGGCAUUUAAUUUACUUCAAACAGUUUUGGAGACUAGGAAUAUCACAGUAUUUAUUCCUGGAAAAAAGUUUGGAGAAGAUGUUGAUCAGCAGAUGGCCUUCCCAAUUAAGUGUAAUUUCUGGACUUUCGUUGAUGUUAACACACAGCCAAAGAAAGCUGGCCAGCAAGAAGAUGCUGUAAUCGGGGCAGUGGACUUAAAUUCAGUUCCAGCUAAUCUGGUUGAUGGCUUUGAUUUAAUGAUUUACUGCAGUGAAUCUUCCAAUUAUCAAUCUCCUAUGCAUCUAAUACAGCACAAACUGAAUGAAGCCAUGCACCAAGGCAAAGCCCUUUAUCCAGCACUACAGCAGUUUACAACACAGGACUAUGAAGAGCUGUUAGCAUUUGCCAGAAAUCAGGAAGUUGCACUUACUAUCAAAGCAGAAAGACUUAUACAGGGGUAUUACACUGCAAGCAGGAGAGUUCGAACUGAUCCUGUUCAUGGAUCUAAAAUUUCUACAACUGCAUUGAAAACAUUAAUGUCUUUAUCUGAAGCACAUACCAAACUCAGUCUGAGAGACAAAGUACUGGAACAAGAUGCUGUCAUUGCGAUUUUACUAUACGAGAUUUCCAUUACUGCACGGCAUGGUGCUUCAGUGCUCUGCGUGUCUCCCAAUGCAAUAUUUCCAUUUGAUCGGUGUGAUGAGCACAGCUUAAAUCAAAGGGAUAUAUAUUUGGCACAAUUCCAUCAACAACUACUACAGUUCUGCUUAACAUAUUCCCCUGGGAUGUCUUUGUAUUUUGCUGAAGAAUAAUUUGAAACAGAAAUUUAAUCUGCAUUGUACUAGGAGUCUGCUAAUCAAUAUUGUUGCAUUUUACUAAAACUUUUUUUGCAAAUAUUAAUAAGUAAUGAAUACCAACAAUUUUAAAAUAUCUUCACAAAAUAACUUGACAACGAUAUUGUCAAAAGAAAUAUUUAUUAUAUCCUAUUAUAUAACUUAGCAUUACAAAAAUAAAUGCUAUUAUUUAAUAUUUAUUAUUCAAUCACAUUAAAAUAAAUUGAGACAAAAUUUUAAUACUUUAAUGUUUGGUAUUGAAUGUAAUGAUCCAAUUUGAUUUUUUUACAAGACCGAAGUUUAGAGAAGAAAGUUGUAAUGGGAUUUAGAGAACAGGUUAUUGUGUUGAUCUUCAGUUACUGUAAACAAGUGUGGAAUCCACUUGUUUUAUUUGAAUUUUCA